CGGUUCACGUGGUCUCAGGAUCAAUGAUAAAAGGGACGGUCACACGCUCUUUAUGUUAUUCAGUGGCUGACACAGGGUCGGGGUACCUGGGGCUGACGUUACAACCUCGUUCACACUACUAGCUGAAAAAACAAACUAAAGAUACAAUGUGGCACGCAGCCUUCUUGGUACUGGCUGCCAGCUUGUCUGUGAGCCUGGCCAGACCCAGCUUUCACCCACUAUCCAGUGACAUGAUCAACUACAUCAAUAAGAUGAACACGACCUGGAAGGCUGGCCACAACUUCCAUAAUGCUGACUACAGUUAUGUCCAGAAACUCUGCGGUACAAUGCUGAAGGGGCCUAAACUGCCAGUCAUGAUUCAGUAUGCUGGAGACUUGAAGCUGCCUCAGGAAUUUGACUCCAGAGAUCAGUGGCCUGACUGUCCCACUCUGAAGGAGAUCAGAGACCAGGGCUCCUGUGGGUCCUGCUGGGCGUUUGGUGCUGCAGAGGCCAUCUCCGACCGUGUGUGUAUCCACAGCAAGGGCAAGGUCAAUGUGGAGAUAUCCUCCGAGGAUCUGCUGACCUGCUGUGACAGCUGUGGCAUGGGAUGUAAUGGUGGCUACCCUGGAGCUGCCUGGAACUUCUGGACCAAUGAGGGACUGGUCUCUGGAGGUCUCUAUAACUCCCACAUAGGUUGCCGGCCCUACACCAUCGAGCCCUGUGAGCACCAUGUUAAUGGAAGCAGGCCUUCCUGCACUGGAGAGGGUGGAGACACACCCCAGUGUGUCCAAAUGUGUGAAACCGGAUACACACCCAGCUACAAGGAGGACAAGCAUUAUGGUAAAACGUCUUACACUGUGCCAGCGAUUGAGGAGCAGAUUCAGUAUGAGAUUUACAAGAAUGGCCCGGUGGAAGGAGCCUUUACAGUGUAUGAGGACUUUGUGAUGUACAAGUCCGGUGUGUAUCAACAUGUGUCUGGGUCUGCUGUGGGUGGCCAUGCCAUCAAGGUCCUGGGCUGGGGGGUGGAGAAUGGUGUUCCCUACUGGCUUUGUGCCAACUCCUGGAACACCGACUGGGGUGAUAAUGGCUACUUUAAAAUCCUUCGUGGAUCAGAUCACUGUGGUAUUGAGUCUGAAAUGGUGGCUGGAAUUCCCAAAUGAAACCUGAGGUAGGACAAGGUUUGGUGCUGCAGUGUGGAUUACACUACCACUACAGAGCAACGCACUCCUGCUUUUAGUCAUUACAGUCAGAGCCAAUUGAUUUGCACACAUGGCAUGUGGUUUUCUUCUUGCAGCAGACUCCAGAGCAUCCUACGCCUCAUGUAGGUGGUUUAGAUUUGACUAUGUGCCCUACCACUGUUGGACUGAAGGUAGUUCUUUAUGAAUGAGCUGUUGUAAAGUCUUGUUCCUUCAACUCUUCAACAGUGGUUUUUACGACGAGCAUUUAAUAAUUUUAUUUCAGGCAAGGUGAACCAGACUGUCACUGAUGUAGAAGUGAUUUAAUUUCUUAUUUUUGUGCAGUUAUGGAAAGUGUAGGCCUUUUUAGAAAGCCGCACCCUAUUAAUGAACAGAACGGCCAGUUUAUCUGAAUGUGAGGAAUUGGAUUGUUUUUUGUUUUUUUUUGAUAAUUACAGCUUUGAUAUUGAAUGCAUUUUUAUUUUUUGGUACAACAAAUGCCACUGCAUAAUGUCCACAUGUACUCUUUUGUAAUUGUCAGUGGUUUUAAAUGUUUUAAUAUUUGAAAUGAGGUGUGUUUUUUGUUAAUCAUAUAUUGGCACAUAACUUGUACCUUCUGAAUUAAAUAAAACAAUCUUUGGUUCCCAA